AUGCAGAACCACAAGAUAUGGUGGUCAAAUGCUUUAUUCUUUGUAGCAGUUCAUGUCGCGGCAUGUGUCGGCGUCUAUCGAUACCCGCCUGCUUCUGUGCCUCCUGCAACAUUGCUACUGAGCUUCACGCUCUUCCAGGUCGUAGAGCUGUCCAUCACAGUGGGCUAUCAUCGACUGUAUUCCCACAGAGCAUUUCGGGCGACUCUACCUGUCAGAGCGCUAUUGGCUGCAGUCGGGGCUAGUGGAAUGCAAGGGUCGAUUAAAUGGUGGUGUCUAAGACAUCGGUUACACCAUCGUUUUACAGACGAUCCACUGCAUGAUCCCUAUGCCGCCACAAAGGGUCUUUUAUGGUCACACAUGGGCUGGAUUUUCUUCAAGCCGCGUUAUGAACGACUUGAAUUGAUAGACCGUGAAGACCUUGAGAAUGAUCCCGUGGUACGUUUUCAGCACAGAUACUAUGUACCACUGGCUUUGAUCUUCGGCAUGCUGUUACCGCCCCUCAUAGGAGCGAUGUGGAAAGAUGCAUGCGGUGCUUUCGUCUGGGGCUCGCUAGUAGCUAAAUUGCUCGUAUGGCAUUGCACCUUUUUCGUCAAUUCUCUUGCGCACUGGCACGGCCUUCAGCCGUACUCUGACGAAAAUACCUCCAGGUCGAACUUCAUCGUUGCGCUCCUGACUUGUGGCGAGGGCAACCAUAAUUUUCAUGCUUUCCCCCACGACUACCGUUCUGGCCCAUCGAAGUAUGACUGGGAUCCAUCCAAAUGGGUCAUUCUCGCCCUCCAUGCCGCGGGAUCUGUAUGGGGAUUGAAGCGUGCAAGCGCGGAGGAGGUGGCUAAUGCGAGGAGAAACAUCAUUCAGAAGGUUAAUCAGCACGGAGAGCGUAUCCCCGAGACAGAUAUCGUCCUUGACAGCAACGAGUGGACCGGGGUAACAUGGACAUGGGCAGAGGUAGAAGAUUACAUCGAAGGUGGACGAAAAUUUGGCCGAUGCGUUCUGAUAAUCGAGGGCUUCGUCGUAGAGGUCACCAGCUAUCUUCAGGAACACCCUGGAGGAGCCAAGCUCCUUCGCAGUUAUUCCAUUCGUAACCCUGAAAACAGGAUUCAUGCUAAGGAUUCUAGGGUUGAGGAGCAGUGGGAGCGAGCGGAUUGGGCGUUCAAUGGAGGUUUGAACGUUCACACGCGGUUUGCAAAGAAGCGAAUGAGGGAGCUUAGAGUGGCAAAAUUAGCGGAGCGAGGAUGUGAGACAAUUGCUCAGUGA